AUGUCCAAACAAGUAUUUGAAGAAGCAAAUGAAGCUUUUGUUGAUGAUAAAUAUGAAGAAGCGUAUAAACUGUAUACUAAAGCUCUUACUGAUGAUGAUAAAAGUGAUGGUCAUUUUACUUCUAAAGUCUUAGCAGCGCGCGCUCAAUGUGCACUAAAAUUAAAAAAAUAUGCUGAUGCAUUAAAUGACAGCAAUACUGCUAUUGAAUUAGAUGAGAAAAAUAUUAAGGCAUAUCUUCGUAAAGGUACAGCAUUAUAUAAUCAAGAUUUAAAAGAACAAGCAUUGAACACGUUUGUUCGUGGUCUUGAAAUUGAUUCUGCUGAUGAACAAUUAAAAGUAUGGAAAGAAAAAUGUGAAAAAGAAGUCGAAAGUAAAAAACAAACUGCUGCAGCUAACACUGAAAAAGAAAAACCAGCAGCCACAGCUGCUUCUGUUCCACCACCACCACCAGCUAAAAUUAAACAUUCAUUCUAUCAAACAGACAGUGUUCUGACUAUGCAAAUACCAAUUAAAGGUCUGAAAAAAGAGGAAGUUCAAGUUCAAACUACAGAUACAACUUUAAGUGUUAAAACAAAAAUUCCUGCAACAGGAAAUGAUUAUUCACUUGAAAUCGAUCUUGCCUAUCCUAUUGAUUCAUCACGUACAAGUUUCAAUGUAACAGGUUCAAAUAUUGAAAUAAAAUUGUAUAAACGACAGGCUAUUCAAUGGACUUCAUUAGAUGCACAAUCAUUAGCUGGCAAAACACAACCACCGGUUCCAAUGAGCCGACCAGUAACAGAUAAAGCUCCAAGUUAUCCAUCAUCAAGUCAACGAGCUAAAAAUUGGGAUCAAAUUGAAGCACAAAUUAAGAAAGAUGAAAAAGAUAAUAAAGAAGAUACGGGUGACGCCAAUGCAAUAUUUCAACAACUUUAUCGUGAUAGUGAUGAGAAUACUCGUCGAGCCAUGAAUAAAUCAAUGUACGAAUCUGGUGGUACUUGUUUAAACAUGAAUUGGGAAGAAGUAUCCAAAGGUAAAGUUACCUGUGAACCACCUGAUGGUAUGGAAUUCAAAAAAUAUGAUUCAUAA